AUAUAAUACAUAUGAUGCCGUUGAGCUGAGAAAAGGAUAAUCCCGACCAAUGGGGAUUUAAAAUCAUCAAUAAACCGCUAGACUCCAAUCCUCAGGGGGUUUCUGCCCCCAGGGUUUCCAAAACCAGGGCCAGCACGAGGCAAUUUGGGAGGGUCAAACUUUUUACAAAAAGAGAUAGUGGUGAUGAUACAGCGACUCCUUCAAUUACUCCGAUGCCAAUCUCUUCCCAUAAUAUAAAGCAAAUUCAGGAAGAUUUUCAGUCCUUCAAGCCAAAAUAGCAAUAGGUUAUCUCUUAAGAGCUCCUCGGCACAACGCCGUAAGAUCUUCAAUAGCCUUAAUAGAGUGGGAGCCGCUUAUGGAGUCACAGUUGACCAUAAGGGCCACGUCACGAGGAAGAUCCCUAAAACCUCAGCUUUCAAGAAGAGAAGGAUUAGGUAUAAGAUGGUCAAGCAAGAUGACAAGAAUUUUAACUUUAAAAUGGAAUUCAGCAAUAAGAAAAUUCUAGUAUCAGGAAGUAAAGCCAAUCUAGGCUAUACUUCUUCAGUCCCUACUGAGUUGUAUGAUAAUGGAAAGGAGAGAAAAUUGGUUGCCUCUUGAUCCCAGCCUCAGCUAGUCAAAACCAAUCUGAUAUCAGACAAGAAUAAAAGACUUAAGUAGCAGUUUCGAGCCUGAAAAUUUCAGUACUACAAAUUCCAGUUCAAAAAUCAAAAAUCCCACAAAAGCCCCAGCAUGGAUGACACCAAAGGGGACUGAAUCUGAUUCACUCAAUUGAAAGAAUGACCAAAAUCAUGAAAUACAGCCACUUAAGUCGAAUAACAUAAUUCGGCAAAUUCAGACAGUGAAUAGAGCCAAAAGGUUAAAUCCAAAACUUCCUUCAAACCAGAAUCUGCCUCACAAUGAACUGCAAAUCACCAAAGCUAUGAGUCCGAAUCUGUUCGCUAAUCCUAUUGAACUUCUACGUCAAGAAAGGCUCAAGAAAGAAAGGUUGAGGAAGGAAAGAAUAGAAAAGCAGAAUAAAGAGCUACAGAAGGAGAAUGAUCGUAUAAAGCAGAUAGGUGUGAUCACCAGCGAACACCUUAAAGACGAUGAGGAUGUACCAGAGACGCAGCUUAUACCUCUAAACGAGAUAAGCCGGAUAGAAUCAGCCAGGAGUGACAAAAGGAGUCAUUCCAGCGGGAAGCUCGACUACAGUGGAGCAGGUAUCAAGAUGAGGCUUCUCAAAGACCUCUACCGCAUACAGAAUACUGAGAAGAAGGAAGACGUCAAAGAGACAAGAGAGUUUUUGGACUGAUUGAUCGAGUAUGGUGUUCAAUAGAAAUUUUCCAGGAAAAAGCUGCCAAUU